GAGUGAAGCUUUGAAGCGAGACUCGUUCGUACGUAUUUCGCAUUUAACAAUACGAAAAAUGAGACUAUUUCAAAUUUCAAGUGUUAAAUAACGAAGAAAAUUAGUAUUGAUUUGGUGUCAUAGAUAUUCUAUUUUUAGAAUAAGUUUAUGGAUUGUUGGAGUCAAGAUGGGACAUGGAUCUUCAAAUCGUUCUGCGUCAUCUAAUAUUUUAUCUUCGGAAGAACUAACUUUGGUCGAAAAUCUAUUUAAGUCAAUGUCGCGUAGUUCAGGAUCUAUUAAACGCGAAGACAUUUUUAAGCAUUGGUCGGCUCACUUAGAUGAUACAUUGUUGCAAUUCGUAGUACGAUUUCUUUGUCAUGAGCCUGGAAAACGAGUUUCAGCAGUGAAUGGUGAGAGCUUUGGCAAAUUAUAUGUAUACGCUGUACGUGGUAGUUCCGAAGAGAGGACAAAUUUAAUAUUCACGGGUUUCUCAGAGGAUGAACAAAAGCAUGAAAUUCCUACCGCAACAUUUUUACAAUAUCUUCAAGCCACUAUAAAUUCAUACUUGACCCUACAAAAAAACUGUGCCAACUCACAUUUUCUCAGCUGGAGUAGUAUCGGUUGUACUGUAAAUAAGAGAAGAAUAAACAUGCGAUCUCGUACUUUGUGCGAGGAACUUGUAUGGGGUAUGGAGUACGGUGAUACUUUGACGUUCGAACAAGUGGAUGUUUGGUUUCGUCAGGCUGCCACUUUCAAAACAAUUCAGUCACAUGUUUUCCAUUGUUUAUUUUUAGUGUCUCAAAAGAAGGGUGAUAAAAAUACAUUAGCAAAAAUUAAUGAUUUAAAUCUUUUGCCACUUUGUCAGGGACUAGAGAACAUUCCACAUUUUCCAAGUAUUUUGGGUCUUGGAGAUGUCUUAUUUUUGAAUCUUAGCUUACCCCAUGAGCUUCGCAACGAGUGGCGUUUUCUUUUCUCAAGUCAAGUACACGGUGAAUCAUUUUCUACAAUGUUAGGAAGAAUCACAAUGCAAGGAGCUACAAUCAUAAUUCUUCAAGAUAUGGAUGAUCAUGUUUUUGGCGGUUUUGCUUCUGAGAAUUGGGCUCUUUCGCCCAUCUACACAGGAAAUCAAUCAUGUUUUUUAUUUCAAUUAGAACCACAAAUUUUGACUUUUCCAGCUACUGGCUAUAAUACAAAUUAUCAGUAUCUGAAUUUACAUCAAAAAACGAUGCCCAAUGGAUUGAUAAUGGGUGGUAAAUUAGAAUAUCCUGCUCUCUGGUUAUAUUGUGAGUAUGGCUCGGGUCAAUGCAGUGUAUCAUGUACAACAUUUCAAAAUUAUGUGCAACUCAGUGGGAAACAAAAUUUUGAGGUUAAGCAUUGUGAAGUAUGGGGUGUGGGACCAGUAGCAGAUGAAGCUAAUGAAGAAGAAAGAGAGUCAAGGUCAAUUCUUGAUCAGGAUCCUGCUUCUACAGUUCUAUUGGAAUUGUUUGGUAAAAAAUUACACAGUGAAGGACUUAGAGAGAAAAAGCAAUAAGAAAAUAAUUGUAUGUCUUAAUAGAUAUUAAAUUUCAUUCGAUAUCAAAUAAAAAUUGUUCCAAUAACUCUUCGCUUGGUGCAAAUAUCUAAAGUAAAUAAAGGAAUAAAAACUUAUCGUUUCAUGAAAAAAUG